UGUAUCGUCUCGGACCGUACAGUACCGGUUAGACAGUCACGCAGUCGCGAAGUGCUGUGAACUUACCUCCGAGGACUUUAAGCUGCUCGUUUUCCUGCGAUCGACACGCAACUGGUUUCGAGUUCCAUCGACGGUACCCACUCGGGUCAUGUUCAUGUGAGUCUUCCCCGCGAGCCGCAGGAAGCCUGGUCUUUUUCUAAUUGAACUGCUCCCAAUGGCCCGGAAAUGACCGGUGGUGGGACCAACAUGGCGUAUCACGGUCUCAGUCAGCAUGUAAAUUUCGACGCGAUUCCCGAUCCUGGGGAUCGUUUCGUUUUGGAGGAAUUGAUCGGCGAGGGGACGUACGGGGAAGUUUAUUCCGCGCAAUGCAACGAGACUGGCAAUAAAGUCGCGAUUAAGAUACUGGAGAAUGUUGCAGACAACAUCGAAGAAAUCGAAGAAGAGUAUCUCGUGUUAAGGGAUCUCUGCCUGCAUCCGAACAUUCCACACUUUCAUGGUUUAUUCUUGAAACGAGCGAAACCUGCCCAGGAGGAAGAUCAAUUAUGGUUCGUCAUGGAGUUGUGCACCGGUGGGUCGGUGACCGAUCUCGUGCAGGGUCUCAAGAGAAAAGGAAGACGUCUAACGGACGAUCAAAUAGCUUACAUCCUCAAAGAAACAGUAGAAGCGUUAAUUUAUUUACACAGCAAUCAUUGCAUGCACCGUGACGUUAAAGGACACAACAUUUUACUCACCGAGGAGGCACGAGUAAAACUGGUUGACUUUGGCGUGUCCUCGCAUCUUGCUGAAACGCUGGCGAGGAAGAAUACAUCUGUCGGCACGCCGUACUGGAUGGCGCCUGAGGUAAUAGCCUGCGAGCAACAACUGGACUCCUCCUACGAUUCUCGCUGCGACGUGUGGUCGGUUGGGAUCACAGCCAUCGAGUUAGCAGAGGGUGACCCGCCCCUGUCCGAGCUUCACCCCAUGAGGGCACUGUUUCAAAUCCCAAGGAACCCACCUCCAGCUUUGAAGAACCCCGACGCUCAUUCGCCGGAGCUGGUGGACUUCAUCACGGAGUGUUUGGUGAAAGAUCUCGAGCAUCGACCUUUCGCCAGCGAAUUGAAAGAGCAUCCUUUGUUGGUGAAUAUCGAAUCGAAGAUGGACAAGAUCAGAAUGGAACUGAGGGAAGAGAUUCGUCGACAGAGAGCUUUCGGUAGGGUUCACAGGCAACCGGAAGUGACAACCAAGCAUGGAAAAUUGAAGACUGAUCGGAAAACCAGACCAGAGAAAAUGUACAUGGAUGACCUGGCUGCUCUGGACAUGUUGUCCGAAGAUGGGAUUGUUGAACAAUUGCAACACAGAUACGAACAGGGUCAGAUAUACACGUACAUCGGAGAUAUACUGGUCGCAGUCAACCCUUUCACGAAUUUGGGAUUAUACACGGGAAUUGAGCAAAAGAGGUACAAAGGUCAAGCGAGGUCGGAUAAUCCGCCUCAUAUUUUCGCUGUCGCUGACGCUGCCUACCAAGCAUUGCUUCAUCAGCGACAAAAUCAAGCGAUUGUUAUCAGCGGUGAAUCCGGAGCAGGGAAAACCGAAAGCGCCAAUUUGUUAUUGAAACAACUAGUCUACCUAAGCAAGGCUCCGAAUCGUAAUCUGGAAGAAAGGAUUCUUCAAAUAAAUCCUAUAAUGGAAGCUUUUGGUAACGCAACUACUGGGAUUAACGCAAACUCGUCGAGGUUUGGAAAGUAUUUGGAUUUGACGAUGACUAAAGGUGGGAAGGUUACUGGCGCCAGAAUAUCCGUGUACUUGUUGGAGCAGUCUCGAGUAGUGGCUCAAGCAGAAGGCGAGCGCAACUUCCACAUAUUCUACUACAUGUACGAUGGCCUAGAGGCAGAUAAUCGCCUGUCAGAGUUCUACCUAGACGAGAACCUUCGAAAACAGCAUCGAUACCUCACGGAUCACAGCCAAACAUCUCAGGCGCAUAUCGACAAAUUUCAACAGUUGAAAAAUGGCUUCAAACUGCUCGGGUUUCAAGACGGCGAGGUUGAUACAGUCUACCGAAUUCUGGCUGCCGUGCUUCAUCUCGGUGAUAUUGAAUUCGGCGAGGUGGCAAGCGAGGACAAUACUGAUAAUAAGAGUCGAGUAAUUGAUACAGCACCUUUACACAGGGUUUCCCAAUUACUCGGUGUGGAAGAGAAUGAUCUUCUGGAGGCCUUAACUUCGAACUCGGUUAUGACCAGAGGAGAAACAAUCACGCGGAACAAUACAGUAGCGGAGGCCUGCGCAGCAAGGGACGCCAUGGCAAAAGGACUUUACGGUCGAUUGUUCGACUGGAUGGUCAAUCAAAUCAACUGUUUGCUGUGCUUCAAUCGUUCCCCGAACUACGAGCCGUUGGCCAUCGGUCUUCUCGACAUUUUUGGCUUCGAGAAUUUCCCUAGAAAUUCCUUCGAGCAGCUGUGCAUAAACAUCGCCAACGAGCAGAUACAGUAUUACUUCAAUCAACAUAUCUUCACCUGGGAGCAGCAGGAAUACAUGGCGGAAGGGAUACCAGUGGAUCUGGUCGAGUUCUCAGACAACAGACCAGUGUUGGAUAUGCUGUUGAGUAAACCUAUGGGACUUUUAGCCCUUUUAGACGAGGAAAGUCGAUUUCCUAGGGCCACGAAUAAGUCUUUAAUCGAGAAGUUCCACAGCAACAUCAAAUCGAAAUUCUACGUACGGCCGAAAUCGGACGCGGUUUGUUUCGCCGUUCACCACUUCGCAGGACGCGUGGUCUACCAAGCAGAAGGAUUCUUGGAAAAGAAUAGAAACUUCUUGCCUCCUGAAGUCAUUCAGCUGGUCAGGCAAUCUCAGUACGAUAUGGUUCGCUUUUUGUUCCAAUGCCCCAUCACGAAAACUGGAAACCUAUAUUCUGCGGUACACGAGACUGACUCGAGGAAGUUGUCACAAUCCAACCAGAAUACAAAGGAACGUUACUCCAGUCGGGGAUUGGCGUCGCAAUCCAGAGCCCAACAAACGGUGGCUACGUACUUCCGGUACUCGCUAAUGGAUUUGUUGCAAAAAAUGGUAUCAGGAUUGCCGCAAUUCGUGCGCUGCAUAAAGCCAAACGAUUCGAGGAGUCCCCGAUUCUUCGACAAAGAAAAGGUCGUGAAACAGCUACGGUACACAGGAGUACUGGAGACAAUAAGAAUUCGACAGAACGGCUUCUCGCACAGAAUACCAUUCAACGAAUUCUUGAAGAGAUAUUGCUUCCUGGCAUUCGGCUACGACGAACGAGUAGUAGCUAAUCGCGAUAAUUGUCGGCUUCUUCUCAUCCGCUUAAAGAUGGACGGAUGGGCGUUGGGCAGAACGAAAGUUUUCCUCAAAUACUACCACGUCGAGUUUCUGUCGAAAAUGUACGAGGAGCAACUCAAGAAAAUCAUCAUGGUUCAGGCGUGCGUUCGUCGAUGGCUCGCUAGGAUCAGAUUCAAGAAGCAGAAAUGGCAAUUCGCCGUAUCCGUUGUCACUUUGCAACGGCACAUUCGCGGAUGGUUAUCGAGAAAGCACAUGAUAGAGGAACUGAAGAAGAAGGAAGAAGAUGAGGAAGCCACUGCUCUCCAAAAAGCGCAAGAUGAACUGGCGGAAAAAGCAAAAGCCGAGGAGCAGCCUGAAGAAGUCGCCGAGAAAGUCCAGAAAGAAGCCUUGCAAGAAUCCGACGCUGCCGUCAUCAUCCAGAGCCAUUUCAGGGGCUACACUAUCCGAAAGCGUUUCGGUCCUGAACUAGAAGAACGCUUUAAGAGGAUCUUGAACGGUCACAACGAUAAAUUCGAAGCUCACAAAGCGUUAUUAAGGGAGGGUCUUAAGAACGCAGACGCCGCGUUCAUUGUACAGCGAUGGUAUAAGAAAGAAGAGAAGGUUAAGAAAAGGAAGCCACCUCCGAGAGAUAAUAUUCAUCCUAAGCUAAGACAAGCAGAUCUCAUACAGUUCUCUCAGAACGUUCACAUGAAGAACCAAGAAGUGCACAAAAAUCAACGUCGCAAUAAAGUAGGAGUGCGAUUGAACGACAUCGACGAACCGCCACCGGAUUAUAUUCGCCCCGAAGGAUUCAGCAUGGUGCAACCCAUCAUGCAGUAUCGAAGCGGCGCUCAAGUGGAAGGAGAGGAGACCAUCAAGUACUAUCACGACCUGAAGAACGAGAUGAGCAGUGGUUCGGACUUCGAAGACGACGAAGUUGGCUGGGACUUACCGCUGAUACAGCUAGAAAAUGACCUUCACCCAUUGUCGAGGAGUCGAAUGGGUCAAAUUGUGGAAGUGAACGCCGAGAGGAGAGACCGUUUGGAUGCCCAAGGCGAUUACGCGAUAGCUUCGGAGCAACAGCUCUCGGAUAUAUGGCUCAAAGCUUUGAGAAAUCCAGGCGAGACGAACCAACAAGAAGAGAACUCGAACAGAGCGAGUACACGGACUAAUCACGUGUCUGUCAACAACCUGCGGUCCCCUGAGCCCCAUCCGCACCGCAAGCAAUCUGGAGUCAACUCUUCGAAUAUCAACGAUUCAAUUGGCCUACGAUCUAAAUACGCCAACAGACCGAACGGUAUAAACGAACAUCAGCAAUCAAUCAAUGGUCAUCAGCGCAACGUCAACGGAUGUUCCGCGAAUGGACACCAAAACUUAUCCAAUGGACACUCCAGUUUUGCAAAUGGACAUCCAACAUUUGUUAACGGCCACACAAAUCACAAUCACACAGCGUUGAACAGACACGAAGCCCAAACUAACGACCAUUCCGCGAAAGGUGAUGUGGCUAAGGUCAAUGGUCACCAACCUUACAGCAACGGGCAUCGAAGUAUCAUCAAUGGUUGCCAAAAUGGCCUAUUCGUCAACAAAAUGGUCGCUAACGGGUUCACAAGUCAGAGAGAGGAUUCAAGCGGUCAGUCUGGAUUUAACAACGGGGUCAAGAAUAAUUUCAAUGAUCGCAUGAAGAUAAUUGAGCCUGCGAAGGAGAACAGCGAUUUCGAGAAAGGUCGACGAAACGGAGUGGACUGUAAGAAUGGAAUCAAUCGAACGGUUGCCAAUCAAAACGCUGUGAGCGGUCGAGUAUGUGCGAGAAAGGAAUUGGGGAAGGACACGUUCGGUAUUCCAGCUGAUCUUAGACAACUCCUGAGGCCCACCAUCAUUCAAAAACGUCAGGAGAUCAUCAAAGUCGAUUACGAUCCAGAAGACAUUAACGGACCAUAUAAUUUCAGACAGCUUUUAAGACCAGCCGAAUAUCUUCCCACCGAAUCACUAAGAAAGAGAAAAGGCGGGCUGGCUUGCAACGGAGCUCCUGCGUCGAAGGAUAAAAUUCCUGAGAAACACGUAAAGCGAAGGGCACCGUUGGCGCCUAAUCAAAAUAAACUCGUUAAUAUGAAGAAGUAACGCGAUGUCUGCACGUGUAAACUUUCUUAGAGCAUGGGCAGUUAGACGAUGUAUUUACUAAAUACGAAAAGUUAAUCAGCACAGUGAUUAAAAAAUGCGAGAGCGUUGGGAGAAAUUGGUUUGGGAAUUUCGGGGUGUAUAAUACGAAGAAUGAUGAAAAAAUAUGGCACUACAAAUCAAUCCUAACCGAUGAUUUACGUAACAUCAUAUGUAAAGUGUUAAUAAUGAAAUUUCAAUAUCUCAUUAUUGGACUACGGAUGUUUACGUAUUUAUGACAAAUGAAAGUAUA